AUGCUGUCGGGGGAGGAGAUUCUGUGCAGCACGCGGCAAGUGAUAGCGGGCCUGGAGGCGCUGCGCGGCGAGAACCACACCCUCCUGGACAACCUGCAGGAGGUGCUGGAGGGCCGGCCGGUGGCCGAGAGUGGCAGUGUGGAGCAGGAGAAGAGUGGCAUCAUCCGCCAGUCUCUGGAGAGGAUAGAGCUGGGCCUGGGAGAGGCACAGGUGGGGUCAUACUGGAGAUAGCAGAAUGCAUGAAGACCGCAGAAUGGGUGAAGUUGUAUUUUGACUGUAUUGGAUCUGUACAUGUUUAUAUACACACCUACUUCACUCUCUUCCUCUUUCACUCUCUCUCUCCUCUCUCUCUCUUUCUUUCCCUCUCCCUCCUCCUCCCCAGGUGAUGAUGGCUCUGUCGGCCCACCUGGGCUCCCUGGAGGCGGAGAAGCAGAAGCUGCGGACCCAGGUACGGAGGCUGUGCCAAGAAAACCAGUGGCUGAGGGACGAGCUGGCCAGGGCCCAGCAGAGGCUGCAGGACAGGGAGCAGGAGGUGGUCACCCUGGAGGAGCAGAACAGACACCUGCAGUUCAUGAGCAGCAUCCGCAAGUACGACCAGGAGGAGCCCCCACCGGUAUGUCACAGACCACCACAACCAGGGUCGUAUUCAUUAGGCACCAAACGGGGAAAAAAACAGACUGAUACAGUGAGGAACUACCAAAACUGCUCAUAUUCGCUUUCCAAUGCAAAAUGUUUCGCUAUGGUGUACCCUAAUGAAUAUGACCCAGUACAUGGUGCAUGUGUUUGCCACAGCUUUUAUGUUAUUACUAAAGCUAAGCUGUUGGUGGCUUACCAGAACAGGUUGCUAUGUGUUUCUCUGUAUAGUUCAAAUAGGCACUCCCCUCAGCUCUGUACCAUCAAUCUAGUUAUGUUUUCUAUGUCAACAGGAUGACAAAGAAACAGGCUCCACCAAGGAAUCCCUAGAUGACCUUUUUCCCACGGACGAGGAGGAACAGUCACAGAGUACGUGCACUCGUCAAAUGAGCCGGAUAUUCUUGUCUGGCUAUCUGCUGUGCAGACGAGCUAUGCAUGUAUGUGUGUCGGUGUCUCGAUGUGACUCUCUGUGUUGUAAAGUCCGUCACUCGCUGUGUGUUUGUGUGUUUAUGUACAAUAUCUUUUUUGGAGUAUGUCUAUGUACAAUAUAUUUGUGAGUGAGUAUGUGUCUAUGUAUGUUUAUGUUCAUGUUUGUGUGUGUGUGUGUAUGAAUGACUCUCUCUACCCCCUCUUGUGUCCUCCUGUCCCCCAGUAUCUCAGCCCCAUGGUAGUAGUGCGGUGGCAGCGGCCCAGCAGGGAGGCUAUGAGAUCCCGGCCCGCCUGAGGACCCUCCACAACCUGGUGAUCCAGUACGCCUCCCAGGGCCGCUAUGAGGUAGCCGUGCCCCUCUGUAAACAGGCCUUGGAGGACCUGGAGAAGUCCUCGGGCCACAGCCACCCUGACGUGGCCACCAUGCUCAACAUACUGGCCCUGGUCUACAGGUGAGUGGAGCCACGUUAGCCUAGCAUAGCUUCCAUGCUAGGUCUUACUGUGGGGGAUUUCCAUAGUGUGGCUAGUUAUGUUAGCCGUAUGCUAAAGGCUGUUUCGCUCUUCUCUGCAGAGACCAGAACAAGUACAAAGAGGCGGCUAACCUCCUGAAUGACGCAUUGGCCAUUCGGGAGAAGACCCUGGGCAUAGAUCACCCUGCGGUAUGUUCCUCUAUAGUCUAUAGUGAAGUUCAAGGGUCACCAAAAUGGACAAAACAAGAAGUCUAAACCAUGCAUAGCUAAUGGUUUUCCCUAGCACAGUGGAAAAUCAGCUACAGUAUGUAACCAGUGGUGUAGUGUAGGGUACAAGUUUUUUGCCCAACAGUUUACCCACCUUUUGCGGAAGAACGAUUGGAAGUAUAGGGAGCGUUUCUUUUUUCACCACGACCGGCGAUCAAAGUUUUCCCACCUAUUGUUUUUACUACUGCAUCACUGUAUUUAAUUAACAGUACUGUAUUUGCUUAUAGGUGGCAGCCACACUCAACAACCUUGCUGUACUGUAUGGAAAGAGAGGGAAGUACAAGGAGGCUGAGCCACUGUGUAAGAGAGCCCUGGAGAUCAGAGAGAAGGUAAUGAACCUAGCAGCACUGUGACUAGAAACCCUGCCCUCUGAUGGGCUAAUGGCAACUCUGAAAGCAUUCUGUAGUACAGCACUGCUACAGUACUAUAUUGUAUUAUCAUUUCUCAUUCAUGCAAGCAAAAAGUUAUAUUACCUAUUACUCGUUACUUCUUUCAACAAUAAAUAGUUCCUUAUUUCUCCCUGGGAAAAGUAAUUUGUUACACUACUCGUUAUAUUACGUUGCGCGUCCUCACUCAAUGUAAACAAUGUCGUGUUUCUAGCAGUGGAGAGGUGUUUCUCGCCUGGGCACAGUUGACAUUUUACUGUAAUAUUCUUGUAAUUUUGUCCUACCAAAUCAAAGAAAUGGGAGUACUUCCGUGCUGAGAAACUCGAUGUUUUAGACGGUUCUGCCAUCUCCCUCACUAAAGCAGUUAGUAGUAGUGUGUGCGAGCGUAAACAGGAACUUGGUGAGAGGACGUCAGACAAACAAUCUGGGGUGGUGGAUAUUUUUUAAUAUUUUGAGCCAUCACAAAUACUUAUUUGGAUCAGUAACUGUAAUAGGAAAUGAAUGAUAACACAAGUAACAACCCAUUAAAAUUUAAAUUGGAACAGUAACUCUUUUAUAUUACUCGUUACCGCAUAAAGUAAUUGAAUUACUGUAACGCGUUAGUUUGUAAUGCGCUACCCCUAACACUGCUUAUUACCCAAACCUGUCUGUUCAUCUCCAUUCACCCCCCCCCCCCCCCCCCCCCCACCCCCCACCCCUCUUGUUGUUGUGGGCAGGUGUUAGGCACGGACCACCCUGACGUGGCAAAGCAGCUGAACAACCUGGCGCUGCUGUGUCAGAACCAGGGAAAGUACCAAGAAGUGGAGCAGUACUACGAGCGUGCCCUGCACAUCUACCAGAGCAGGCUGGGCCCCGACGACGCCAACGUGGCCAAGACCAAGAAUAACCUGGUGAGGGAUGGAGAAUAGGAGAGGGAGAAUGGAGGGAGGGGUAUAAAGGGGGAGUGGACCUGGUUGGCAUGGUCACUGGGCUAGAUGAUACCAUAUUAUGUGUGUGUAUAAUAUGCUAUGAUUGGGUAGAAGUGGGGGACAUUGACCCAAGCUGCAUGUGUGUGUCUAUCUAUCUGAGGUGUGAUAGCGCUAUUUGUGACUCUAGUAUUGCUGUGUUUCUGGCUACAGGCUUCAUGUUACCUGAAACAAGGGAAGUACAGACAAGCUGAGGCUCUGUAUAAAGAGAUCCUGACCCGGGCCCAUGAAAAAGACUUUGGAUCUGUGGAUGGUGAGAGCAAACCCAUAAUAUGAUCUUUGAAACCUGCUCUCUAGGUUCAAUAGCAUUUUUAUCCUAAAAGGGUGUAUAUAUUGGAAUAAAAAAUGUAUCUCAGAUGUACUGUAAACAGCUAAUCGUACUGGAUGAUGCCACUGAUGUGUAUCCUCUAAUGUUGGUGUCUCAGGUGAGGUGCGGGACAUCUGGACCCACACAGAAGAGGAGGGCUCCAUGCAGGAUGGGCUGGGCAGUCUGAAGCGCAGCGGCUCGUUCACCAAGCUCCGCGAGUCGAUACGCAGGAGCAGCGAGAAGCUGGUCAGGAAGCUGAAAGGAGUCGGAACUCAAGAUACCACCCCUCCGACUCCUGGGUAAAGACCAAGUCCUCAUUCUGCAUGUGUUACCUCUCAAAAUGGUGCCCAAUUUGUUACUCUCACUCUCUCUCUUGUUCUCCCUCAGGAUGAAAAGGGCUAAUUCUCUGAAUGUGCUGAACGUGGGUGCGAGGGAGCGGCAAGAAGCGGCAAGGGUGAGCAGCAGUUUCUGGCCUUUUCUGUACAAUAUGAUUGUUAGUGUUUAUUCAUCACCUUUCAUUUUAUGUGCUUCGUAUCCUAAGGCAUUUCUCUGGCUGUGUGUCAUCAAAAUGAAUGUAUAUGUCAUUGUUAUACACAUAGUCAGACUAGUCAAGUGUUUUGUAUGUUCUUCCAGAACCCCAGCAGCCUGACAGAGAACCGAACCCUGAGCUCCAGCACCCAGAGUCUGGCACGGCGAGGGUCCCUCAGCUACACCUCUGAACACUAG